CCGAGCUUGAGAGCUUCGUGAGAUUUGAGCGAGAGAGAAAGAAGAGCAGCGCCGCCGUCACCAUGGUGAAGUUCUUGAAACCCAACAAGGCCGUGAUCCUUCUCCAAGGUCGCUACGCCGGCCGCAAGGGCGUCAUCGUCAAGGCCUUCGACGACGGCACUCGCGACCGCGCCUACGGCCAUUGCCUGGUCGCCGGCAUCAAGAAGUACCCCAGCAAGGUGAUCCGAAAGGACUCGGCGAAGAAGACGGCGAAGAAGUCGAGGGUGAAGCCGUUCGUGAAGCUCGUGAACUACCAGCAUCUGAUGCCCACGCGCUACACUCUGGACGUGGAUCUCAAGGAGGUCGUCACCCCUGACGUGCUCACCAGCAAGGACAAGAAGGUCACCGCCUUGAAGGAGACCAAGAAGAGGUUCGAGGAGAGGUUCAAGACCGGGAAGAACAGGUGGUUCUUCACCAAGCUCAGGUUCUGAGCCCUGCAAGCGAAAACGGCGUCGUCUCUGGAAAAUGGUUAUGGCUUUGCGCUUUUUAAUUUUUCCAGUUGAUUUUAGUAUUUACUGUUUCGGAAUAGAACCUGUGUGGAAGACUAUUAUUAUGAUGGGUUGCUAAACAAUGUCUAGUUUUAUUUAGUUGUUAUUGCUGAGAUA